AUGUCGGCCACCACAGAAAACAAAGUGUACGUCGUCACCGGUGCCAAUCGAGGCCUCGGUCUUGGCCUUGUGCAAUCACUCCUUGCGCGUCCCCAACACACGGUAGUCGCCACGGUCCGUAGCGAGCAAGCCAAACAGUUGCUAGAAGACGAGGUCAAGAGCGUCACGAAAGGAACUGGCAGCACGCUUGAAAUCAUACAAUACGACUUCUCCACGGCCAUCUCUCCGAAGCAGGUGGAAAGUACAUUCGCCAAAUUGAACAUCCAGCACAUUGACGUUCUGGUGCUCAACGCUGGAGGGGCACAGCCAAUGGUCCCGCCAAGCGAAACCACAGCCGAGGACCUACGCGCAGCUUUCGAGACCAACACCAUCGCGCCUCUGCUCGUCUUCCAGGGCCUGAAGUCAUAUCUGCUACAAGCCAAAUCCACCCCCAAACUCAUCUGGGUCACCUCUUCAGUCGGAAGCAUCGCCGACAUGGACCCGUUUGGCGGCGGCGCCUACGGUCCAAGCCGAGCGGCACAGAACUGGCUAGCGCGCUCCAUCCAUCUCGAAUUCAACGGCACAAAGGGAAACACGCAUCUGAUUGCCAUUCCCCUGCAUCCGGGAUGGGUACAGACGCGAGCGGGGCAAUACGUCGUCGAUCAGUGGCAGUCAGCGCUCAAGGCCAUCGACUACAACAUUGAGAAGCCCCCGACUACGCUCGAGGAGAGCAUUUCCGGCAUGAUCAAAGUCAUUGACGAUGCGACGGCGGAGCAUUCAGGGCAAUUUCUGACCUAUGAAGGCAAGACCUUGCCGUGGUGAGUUAUUGUUCGUGGUGGUUGAGCGUUUGCGCGCCAAGCGCGCCCAUUCAGCGUAGAGGAGGCCGCCAAGAGCUCAAUAGGUGUCAGUCGUCAGCCGUCAGCGAAUGAAAGAAUACACUACUA